CGGCGGCGGCGGCGGCGGCGCGGCCCUCCUCGGGCACGGGGGGCGAGGCGGAGGCCGAAGGACCCAGCCGGGCCACCGCCAUGCUGCGGCACCUGCUACUCAAGCUGCGGGCCACUGGGCCGGUGACGGUGGCCGAGUACAUGCGGGAGGCGCUCACCAACCCCGGCCAGGGUUACUAUACGCGCCGUGGCGGCAUUGGCGAAAGCGGGGAUUUCAUCACCUCACCUGAAAUAAGUCAGGUAUUUGGAGAGUUAAUAGGAAUAUGGUAUAUUAGUGAAUGGAUAGCCACGGGCAAACCUAAAGCAUUCCAGCUGGUGGAACUAGGCCCAGGGAGAGGCACUCUUAUCGAUGAUAUAUUACGGGUCUUCAACCAGCUUGCCUCUUUACUUAGUAAAUGUGACAUCUCUAUUCAUCUGGUAGAAGUGAGUCCCAAACUCAGUGAGAUCCAAGCGCUGAUGCUGACAGGAGGGAAGGUGCAGUCAAACCCCGAGGACAAGUCUGCUUACAUGAAAGGCAUUAGCAAGACUGGAAUUCCCAUUUUCUGGUACAGAGACGUUCAAGAUGUGCCGCCAGGUUAUAGCUUUUACCUAGCACAUGAGUUUUUUGAUGCCCUGCCAAUACAUAAGUUUCAGAGAACAGAGAAAGGCUGGCGUGAAGUGUUAGUUGAUAUAGAUCCAGAAGUUCCUGACCAGCUGCGGUUUGUCCUGUCACCAUCCGGUACCCCCGCGACAGAAAACUUUAUUCAGCCUGAAGAAACGAGAGAUCAUGUGGAAGUGUGUCCUGAGGCUGGUGUCAUCAUUCAGAGGCUUGCCUGUCGUAUAGAAAAGGAUGGUGGGGCUGCACUGGUUGCUGAUUAUGGUCAUGAUGGAACCAAAACUGACACUUUCCGGGGUUUCCGGAAUCACAAGCUUCACGACGUACUGAGAGCUCCAGGCACAGCAGACCUGACAGCAGAUGUUGAUUUCAGCUAUCUUCGAAAGAUGACACAGGGAAGAACAGCUGCAUUAGGCCCCAUAAAACAGCGGGAGUUUUUAAAAAACAUGGGCAUUGACCUCCGAUUGCAGGUGCUCUUGCAGAAUUCACGUGACACAGCAACUCAUGAGCAGUUACUUCACAGCUAUGAUAUGCUGAUGAAUCCCAAGAAGAUGGGGGACUGUUUUAACUUUUUUGCCCUGCUGCCUCACCACAGACUUGUACAUCCUGACAAACAUAAGCCAGAAUCAAAGUCUCCCUUACCGCCUGUUGCUGGAUUUGGUGAACUCUUACUGAAGUAAUUUCAAAUACUAUAGCAAAAUGUCUGAUAGUAGUAGCUUUCAAUAGCAACUUAUUAAAUAAAUAAAAAACCCAAAAGGAAUAGAGCCCUGCAUUUUAUGGUUUCACAUACUAAAUGUUUUGCAAUAAUGUAAUCAGCAUAUAGCUACAUACACAAUAAGGUAAGAACUAAAUAUUUUGAUUUAUCUUUGAACCAAAAGCACAUGAAAUGUCACAUUACUUCUCCAGGCAAUUGUCUCGCACCAAUCUAUGCUUCAGGGCCUAGCCACGUUUUGGUAGGGAGUGCUAUUUCAGACUAAAUCUAGUGCAGCACACUAAACCUGUUGACUGACCUACUCAGAAUGGUAUGUGUAGAAAUCAAAUGCUGCACAUACAGAAACCAGUGUACAGAGAGCAGAGAAUGAACAAUGAUGUUUCAGGGUACUCAGCUUUGGUACUUGCUUAAAACACAAGAUGCCUUGACAUUUUUGAAGGUAUUUUUUAUAAAGAGAAUGGUGACAGGAACCAUGCAAAAAGCAUCACUAGUUCCAAAGCAUCUGCUAACAAUUCCCACAGCAGGGCGUAUUUAAUCACAAAUCCACAAACAAGGAAGUAUAAAGAACCAUUUACUUCUAAGAACAUUUGAUAGGAGAGAGAAUUCAUGUAAAUAAAAAGAACAAGUCUGAUAAGCUUGAAAAUAAAAUUUAUUUCCCUAUCAGAGGCUAUUUACAAACAAUGGGAUGUAUAAAAAUAUAAAAGUACUUGACAGUGUCCUUUUGAGGCUAUAAAUUUUACAUGAGCUUUUUUCUAGCAUCAUCAUAGCACUAUUUCUUGAAUGAACGCGACUUAAUUCAUCUAGGGGUAACGAUAUUAAACACUGUAACCUACUGCUGUCAAAGUUUGCAGUAAAGGUAGAAAAAAAGGGAAUAAAAAAACUCAGCUAUCUUUUUACUACUCUGAAGAAAGUUUACUCUUAAUGUAUGUCUGAUUUUUUUGGUUCCUCAACUAUUAGCUGCUUGUGGCUUCUAUUGUCUGGCCCCAUAAGUCUGCAUAUAUGGUCAGGCAAUCUCCUCCAAAGGCCAACAGCAUUUUUUUUUUAAAUACAACUUGAAGAAUAAAUAGCUCAUGUAAUAUUCUGGAGCAGAGCAGACUUCAUGGGG